GUGAGGGUGCGCCGGCCUCGGGCGCGCGCCCCCUGCAGCCCUCAGGAGCCGCCCGCGGGCCGCCGCUCCCGCGCGCCACUUCCGCGCGCAUGGCCCUGCUGCCCCGGGCGCUGAGCGCGGGCGCCGGGGCGAGCUCGCGGCUGGCGUCACGCGUAGCUCCUCGCCUCCUGCGGCUGCACCUGAGGCCCGCCAGCUGCCCGCGCGCCUUCUCCCGCGCCAUGGCGUGCAGGCAGCAGUCGCAGCCGCAGUGCUCGCCGCCGGCCUCCGUGACCUCCUUCGACUACCUAGUGAUCGGGGGCGGCUCGGGCGGGCUGGCCAGCGCGCGCCGGGCGGCCGAGCUGGGUGCCAGGGCCGCCGUGGUGGAGAGCCACAAGCUGGGCGGCACUUGCGUGAAUGUCGGCUGUGUACCCAAAAAGGUAAUGUGGAACACAGCUGUCCACUUGGAGCUCAUGCAUGAUAACAAAGAUUAUGGCUUUGAAAGCUGUGAGAGUAAAUUUAAUUGGAGCAUUAUAAAAGAAAAGCGGGACGCGUACGUGAGCCGUCUGAACGCCAUCUAUCAGAACAAUCUAACCAAGUCCCAUAUAGAAAUCAUCCGUGGCCAUGCAGCUUUCACUGGUGAUCCUGAGCCCACAGUAGAGGUCAAUGGAAAAAAAUACACUGCUCCUCACAUCCUGAUUGCCACAGGAGGUGUGCCCUCACUUCCGACUGAGAGCCAGAUCCCCGGCGCCAGCCUGGGAAUAACCAGUGAUGGAUUUUUUCAACUUGAAGAAUUGCCUCGCCGCAGUGUCAUCGUUGGUGCAGGUUAUAUUGCUGUGGAGAUAGCCGGGAUCCUUUCAGCCCUGGGCUCUAAGACAUCGCUGAUGAUACGGCAUGAUAAGGUACUUAGAAAUUUUGAUUCAGUCAUCAGUUCAAACUGCACUGAAGAGCUGGAGAAUGCUGGCAUAGAGGUCCUGAAAUACUCCCAGGUCAGGGAAGUUAAACAGACCACGUCUGGCUUAGAACUCUGCAUGGUCACUGCCGUUCCCGGAAGGUCACCCAUUUCUGCCACGAUUGAGCACGUUGACUGCCUGCUGUGGGCCAUUGGGCGGGACCCAAAUUCCAGCAGCCUCAACUUAAGUGAACUGGGUAUUCAGACCGAUGAGAGAGGUCAUAUCCUAGUAGAUGAAUUCCAGAACACCAACAUAAAAGGCAUCUAUGCAGUUGGGGAUGUGUGUGGAAAAGCUCUUCUUACACCAGUUGCAAUAGCAGCUGGCCGAAAACUUGCCCAUAGACUUUUUGAAGGCAAAGAAAAUUCCAAAUUAGACUAUGAGAACAUUCCUACAGUGGUCUUCAGCCACCCCCCUAUUGGAACAGUGGGGCUCACGGAAGAUCAGGCAGUUUCUAAAUAUGGACAAGAAAAUGUGAAGAUCUAUUCAACCUCCUUUACGCCAAUGUAUCAUGCGGUUACUAGAAGGAAAACAAAAUGUGUGAUGAAAAUGAUUUGUGCCAACAAAGAGGAAAAGGUGGUUGGGAUACAUAUGCAAGGACUGGGGUGUGAUGAAAUGCUACAGGGCUUUGCCGUUGCGGUGAAAAUGGGAGCAACCAAGGCUGACUUUGACAACACAGUUGCCAUUCACCCUACUUCUUCAGAAGAACUGGUGACCCUUCGCUGAGAACACAGACAUGUGCAGCUGGCAGCUGGACCAGGAGACCUGAAAUGAACCAAAUAGUCAUGUUUACUUAGUUCCAAAGUUAGGUGUUUCUUUAUUUUAAUAAGGAUCUUUUUAUAGUGGAAAUUUUCAGUAAAUAAUCAAACUUAUUUACGUAAUUGAAAAUUUUUUAUGUUAUCCAGGACUGAUUUUCAUUCAGUCGCCUGCUAGCAAAAUUAAUAUUUUAAAAUGUGUUUUUUUUUAACGGCUCUGUGCUAGCUGUGGGUUUUUCAUUUGUUUGUUUCAGCCUCAUCCCAAGCAUAAAACUAUAUGAAGUACAAAUAAAUUAAGGUUCUUGAGUGAAUAUAGAGGAAGAUGACAGCAGCUUGUCAUAGUUUAAAUAAUGCGAGCACACAGAAUCUUUCAGUUUUUUUUUUUUGAAGCCAGUACUGUGCUCUGUAUAUUGCAAAGCUGUUUCAAGGAUGUGACCUUUCUCUAAAAAUAAGUAACAUGAGAAUCCUGCCACCUUUAUUUUUAUUCUUUCUUUUGUUUUAAAUGGUUAAACAUUGUGUUAUUUUUAUGGAUUGAAGUGCAUCAAACUUGGAAAAGUUUUGAAGAGGCUGGUUAAAUAUCUGUGCAGGGCAUUGUAGAAGUGAUUCUGGCUUUCAAAGAAACUUGAGUACUUCCUAAGUCACUUCCUAGGCUAAAGUCAUAGUUCUAUGAAUAAUUUCAGUAUUUGUAUGUGUUGCUAUUUUUUAUCUGAAAACUGUUCCAAAAAGUGGAAAAUAAAUCCUAGUCUUCUUGUAAAA